CUUUCCUGGGUCUCCAGCUGGCACAUGGCAGAUAGUGGGACUUCCCUGCCUCUAUAAUUACUGUAAAGAACUGGCCAAGUCCAAGGCAGAAGUGGCCUGCAUUGCAGUAUAUGAAAAAGACGUGUUUGUUGUUGGAACCGAGAGAGGAUGCGCUUUUGUCAAUGCCAGAAAGGAUUUACAGAAAGAUUUUGCAAAAUACUGCAUUGCGGAAGGGCUGCAUGAGGUGAAACCUCCCUGCCCUGUGAAUGGGGUGCAGGUCCACUCAGGAGAAACAGAAAUACUCAGGAAAGCGGUCGAGGACUAUUUCUGCUUUUGUUACGGUAAAGUUCACAUGAAUUCUCUAAAUAGUAGUUCACUAAGGAGUAGGAGAGUGUUACAGUUUCAUUAACGUGACUAUCUAGAAUGUUUCAAACGUUUUGAAACCAAC